ACUUCGUCAAAAAAAUGCCAAAUAACAGAGAUUGCGACAAUCAAUGUGUACAAUCAUCAGGUGUUUUAUAUAAUCACGAAAGAAUUUCUCUGGCAGAAAGCAAGUUAUGAAAUUCUCUUCCAAAGUCUACAGAAUCUCAAGUCAAUUUGUGUAAAGUAUAAAGUUACACACCUCGCUUGUCCACGUCUAGGCUGUGACCUAGAUGGACUGAAGUGGGAAGUUGUACGUAAUAUGUUAAGGUAUAUCUUCCGUGGCUCUUCUUUGUAUAUUCAGAUAUACACCCACGAUGAGUUAACGACAGAUAACAAACUACAGAUCAUCAAGGAAUUUAAUGAAAAUCCACUUGGUGGACAUCAAGGUGUAACGUGCACAUACAAUAAAAUUACACAACAGCACCAAUAG